AUGAUGCCACAUACCCCCCCUGAGCCUGAGGAUGUCCUUCAGGCCCAAAUGGAGGCCACAGGCCCCGAGGAGGAGCAAACCCCCCAGGAGGAGGAGGAGGAGGAGGAGGAGGAGGAGGCUUCCUCUUUCAUGACAGCCCCCAACCUAAGGGAAGCACUAGUGAGGCUCAUUGGUGCCAUAGUUAGGAGGACAACUGAGGAACUGUGCAAUCAGAACAGGGAGGCGUUGCGCGUCCAGAAUGACGAGGUGUUGCAGCUGGCCCUGCAGAACGAGGCACUGGCAUUGGUGCCUUUCCUGUUAGAGAAUUAUAAUUCAUGCCAGCCUGUAAGUGAUGUAGAUUUGCUGAGUCGCAUCACCGGAGAGUACCGGAGAUACUUCACCAUGAUCUUAGAGAAAGCUUCUUGGUGCACUCAACUUCUUUUUGGUAUUGAGUUAAGGGAGGCCGACCCCUUCUUCCAUACUCGUAUGCUUGUUAUAGCAGCAGGGAUCACUUACGAUGGCAUUCUGAGCCACGUGCAGGGCAUGCCCAAGACAGGGCUACUGAUAAUCAUUCUGGGCAUUAUAUUUACGGAGGGUGGCCGUGCCACGGAAGAAGCUAUCUGGCAGGUGCUGGAGAAAAUGGAUAUAUAUCCUGAUGUGGAGCACUUCAUUUAUGGGAUACCAAGGAAACUGCUUAGGGAAGACUUUGUGAUCGAGAAGUACCUAGAGUGUCAUCAGGUGGUCCACAGUGACACCACUGGCUACGAGUUCCGGUGGGGCCCACGGGCGUAUGCUGAGACGACGCCAAUGCAAGUAUUCGAGCACUGGGCCAAGAACAGUGGAAUCGACCCAAGUCGCAUAGCCUCACUGUAUCAAGAAGCAUUACAGGAAGAACAGGCAGCAAAUGCCGAGGCUAUGGCUUCUUCAAUAGAGGAGUGA